UAGUGCACUCCGUUUUCAUUGGAAGAGAAAGUCGAAGAUAAUUUAGCGCAGAUUUUAUCCGCAAGUCAGUAUCUUUUUUUACGCAAGUAGUAAAAUCACAACAACUGACAAUGUCCUUUAACAGGGGUCCUGCCUACGGAUUAUCAGCUGAGGUGAAAAACAAGAUUGCACAGAAGUAUGACUCCCAGAAAGAAGAGGAGCUGAGGAUCUGGAUUGAGGAACUCACUGGCCAGUCUAUCGGCUCCGACUUCCAGAAGGGCCUGAAGAAUGGAGUCAUUCUGUGCCAACUUAUCAACAAGCUUGCACCAAACUCUGUGAAGAAGGUUAACAACUCAUCACUGAACUGGCAUCAGCUGGAGAACUUGGCGAACUUCAUCAAAGCCAUCACAACAUACGGCUUGAAGCCUCAUGAUAUCUUCGAGGCCAACGACCUGUAUGAGAAUGGCAACAUGACGCAGGUCCAGACAACACUGCUGGCACUCGCUAGCAUGGCCAAGACCAAGGGCUGCCAGUCACGGAUGGACAUCGGGGUGAAGUAUUCAGAUAAGCAGGAGAGGAUGUUCGAUGAGGAGAAGUUGAAGGCUGGACAGUGCGUCAUUGGCCUACAGAUGGGGACCAACAAGUGUGCCAGUCAGGCAGGUAUGAACGCAUAUGGCACCAGGAGGCACUUAUAUGACCCCAAAAGUCAGAUCCAGCCUCCCAUGGACAACACAACUAUCAGCCUGCAAAUGGGAACCAACAAGGGGGCGAGCCAGGCUGGGAUGACGGCUCCGGGGACAAGGCGUGCCAUUUAUGACCAGAAGCUGGGCACAGACAAGUGUGACAACAGCACCAUGUCCCUACAGAUGGGCUUCAGCCAGGGAGCCAACCAGAGCGGCCAGAACUUUGGCCUGGGACGGCAGAUCUAUGACGCCAAGUACUGUCCCAAAGGAGCUGGAGUGGUCACAGAUGAUCAGAACAGGGCGGGCGUCUCCUGCAACUACAUCCAAGAUUACCAAGACGAGGGUUACCAAGGUUACCAGGAAGAAGAGCAGGUGUACCAAGACGAUGGGACAGAUUACUAGAUGGAAAGGAGGGAGCUAAAGAAGGGGAACGAGAGGUUGUAUAAAAGAGGGAUCUUCUGCAAGAAAACCUCAAGGCAGGCAGUGUAUUUUUAUAUCCAUAGGAUGUUGCACCAUCUUUUUUUUUUCUUUUUUUUUUUAGGUUCCUUUUUAGUAUUGUAUGAAAUUGUUUUCUUACCCCUAUUUGUGCAAAACCAAUGUUACACAUAUCAUGAUGAACUGUAUUUCUGUGAUGUUUAUAUUUAAAGUGACCACAAAAGCCAAUCUUUUUGGCUUUGCUAGUUUUUCUAUCCCAGGGAUGUUUUUUAAGGUGCCAAAGCCCUUCCAUUUAAUUUCCUGUGGUUUUUUUUUUGUUUGUUUUUUUUGCUGACUCAGUCAUCACAUUAAGGGAGAUUCCAAGGUUAUUGUAAUGACAACUUAAAGUGAAACUAGGGAGUUUGUGAAAUUAAGUAGUUAGGAGUUUUUGGUUUUUUUUUUGCUUUUUUUGUUUCUUUAAAUAUUACCAGAAAGUACAUCUUCUUCGGAUCAAAACACCUGUGCUUGUGUUCGUGUUUCAUAGCUGUAUCAUCUGUAAACUACAUAAUUCCUGUGAAUGAUAAUAUACAUUUGUUUGUUACUCCUUCAGUAUCCUCUUCAUUCCUUCAGUAUUGGUCAUUGACAGGAUUUCUUUUUUGUUUAGUUUUUUUUUUAAGAACAAACCGGUCAACCUUUUCAUAUUCUGCCUUUUUGUCUCAAUCGUUUGAGUUCUUUUCUUUUUUUUUAUUGGAGGAAAUAUUUCCUUUGUUUGCAUAACCAGUCCAACUGGAGUUAAGCUUGUUUUCUUUGGAUUAAAGACAGUGGGGGAGGAUAAAAUAGUCCUCAAGUGGAGUUUUGAACAUUCCAAGCAAGAAUACUGGAUUCUUUUUUUAUUCCUCAGUGAGUAAUGUUGAAGCAAAUCUGAAUCACUUCAUAUCGGUUGAAAUGUGUACCAAUCAUGCAAUUAAUUAGAUCAUUAUUAUUUAUGCAUAGGGGAUUAUAAUGGGAUUGUGUUGUACUUUGAAUAACAUUUUAUAUUGGCCUAUAAAUUUCCUCUGGAAUAAUCUUUAUGCCGAUGGGAUGAUGUUUGAAUCAAAGUAUGUCUUGUGAAUACAAUGUAAUAAAAAUGUGUAUUCAUUAA